AUGUCCGAUGGACUGCUCGGCUUCGCUCAUCUCAUUAAUCGCCCCAGCGAGUCAGGCUGGCAAUCAGACAGCUCCACACCGAAAGAGUCUAAGGUUUUCACAACAUGCACAACCGUUUUAGGGCCGUUACUAGAGGGUUACCCGCCGGACUCGUCCGCGAAGCACGAGGAUGCGGCGAAACACUCGUUUAGUCUUAAGAAGCUGUUUGGAGCGAAGUCGGGGAAGUCUAAAGAGGAGGAGGCGAAAGCGCGAGACGCGGAGAUUAAGUUUGUCUUGCAGGCCGCCGCGACGCCGUUAGCUUCGGUUCCGAAGCAAAUAAGUCUGCCUCGACCGACGACUCCCGAACUAACGCAGAAUCAACGUACCACGAGGGACGUUCUCAAGAAGUACAUUGCGGCAUCCGGCGGCUACAACUCACACAUGGCGCAGCAGGGCUCCGUGAUUUCCGGCCACGUCACCAUCUGGGCAUCUGAGGUGGUCAUGGGCGACAAGACGGUCUACGCCGCCCCGACCGCGGGCGCCCGCGGCGGCGCUGACGUGGCGAAGGGAACGUUCCGCGUGGUGCAGAUGCCGCCCAACAUGUGGCACGUGGCGGUGGCUAUGGGCGACACGCGGAUUGACGCCACGUGUGACGGCGAGCUGGUGUGGCGGCGGAGCAGUUGGGGCCCCUCCACGACGGCUAAAGGGCCUGUGCGACCACUCAGGCAUUUGCUAGCGGGCCUGGACCCGCCUACAGUCGCGGACGUGUUUGCCUCAGGGGAGUACCAGGGAGACGAGGGCAUAGAGGGCGACGAGUGCAUGUGCGUGAAGGUGAUGGCCAACCCGCUCGCCCUCAUGUCCAUGAGCACGGGCGGGGGCAAUGUGGGCGGCAAGCAGCAGGACGUGUGCGACGUGCUGGCGUACCAGGUGGAGGGGUUCUUCAGUAAAGCGUCAGGGCUGCUGAUUGGCCUGCGCGAUCACCAUCUCACCAAAACCAAGACAGCGAGCAACAGCACAAUCUACUGGGAGAGGGUGAUGGUGACGCGGGUGGGGGACUUCCAGCCCAUGGAGGGCGGCAUGAUCAUCCCCCACAGCGGCCGCUCCGUGCUCUCUCUCGCCAAGCGCUGCGAUGACGACACGUCAGGGACGAUACGCGCGUGGGUGAGAGAAGAGUGGGGCGUUGACUCGGUCACGCAGGACGCCAUGGCCAUGCAGGGGUUGCUAGCACGGCCGGCAGAUUUGAUUAUGACGGCUAGCUCUGCGUCUUUGCAUAGAGGGUGA